CGGCAUUCGGCAUACAAUAUUUCUAGAAUUUUUUAUCCCUAUCUAUGUAAUUUAUACUGAAUACCAUAAAAUCAACACACUUGAUAAAAUGACCGUGUUAAAUAUGUUACGAAUAGGUCAUUUAACAAAAGUAGCAAAACAGUCGAGUGUAUUACAAGUUCAGAAUUAUUCCUCAUACGUUAAAUAUGCAGAACACAAGGCAUUGGAAAAGAUUAGAAAUAUUGGUAUUUCGGCUCAUAUUGACUCUGGAAAAACCACACUUACAGAGCGAGUGUUAUUCUACACAGGCAGAAUUGAUCAAAUGCAUGAGGUAAAAGGCAAAGACAAUGUCGGCGCUGUCAUGGACUCAAUGGAGCUAGAGAGGCAGCGUGGUAUCACAAUCCAGUCAGCAGCCACAUACACAAUAUGGAAGGACCAUAACAUAAACAUCAUAGACACACCAGGUCACGUGGAUUUCACAGUGGAGGUGGAGAGAGCAUUGCGAGUGUUGGACGGUGCUGUUCUUGUAUUGUGCGCUGUGGGUGGUGUACAGAGUCAGACGUUGACUGUUAAUAGACAGAUGAAAAGGUAUAAUGUACCGUGCCUCGCUUUUAUUAAUAAGCUGGAUAGAUUGGGCGCUAAUCCUGAGAGAGUUCUAAAACAAAUGCGCACCAAAUUGAAUCACAAUGCGGCAUUUCUGCACUUACCGAUCGGUUUGGAGAAAGAUUGCCAAGGUAUUAUAGAUCUGGUUGAGGAGAAGGCUAUUUACUUUGAUGGUGACUACGGUGAGAUUGUGAGAUGGGAUGAGAUCCCGAAAGAUAGACGAGCGGAAGCAAGUGAUAAGCGUCAUGAGUUGAUUGAACACUUGUCUAAUGUUGAUGAAAAACUUGGGGAAAUGUUCCUUGAAGAGAGAAAACCAGUUAUAUCAGAACUAAAAGAGGCGAUACGUCGUACGGCUCUCAAGAGAACGUUCACACCAGUACUAGUUGGCACGGCAUUAAAGAACAAAGGUGUUCAACCAUUAUUAGAUGCUGUGUUGGACUAUCUCCCGCACCCUGGGGAAGUAGAAAACACCGCUAUAGUCGGGGAAAGGAAAGGAGACGAGGGGGAAACUGUGAUAUUAGAUCCUAAAAGAGAUGGCUCUAAACCGUUUGUCGGUUUGGCUUUUAAGUUGGAGUUGAGCAAGUUCGGUCAAUUGACGUAUUUGAGGUGCUACCAAGGCAUGCUGAAGCGGGGGGAGUAUAUUUAUAAUUCGAGGACUAGUAAAAGAGUUAAAAUCUCACGUCUAGUGCGCAUGCACUCAAACAACAUGGAAGAAGUGAAUGAAGUGCUCGCUGGCGAUAUUUUCGCGUUGUUCGGUGUAGAUUGCGCGUCCGGAGACACGUUUGUCAACGACAGCAAGCUGCAGUUGUCAAUGGAAUCUAUACAUAUACCCGAUCCGGUCGUCUCUAUGUCGAUUAAGCCAAAGAAUAAUAAGGAUAGAGAUAACUUUUCGAAGGCGGUUGCCAGAUUCACUAAAGAGGAUCCAACAUUCCAAUUCCGUUACGACGGUGAUAACAAGGAAACAGUUGUCUCUGGUAUGGGAGAAUUACACUUGGAAAUUUAUGCACAGAGAAUGGAGAGAGAGUAUAAUUGUCCGGUUGAGUUGGGCAAGCCUAAGGUCGCUUUUAGAGAAACAAUGAUGUCACCAUGUUCGUUCGACUACUUGCACAAGAAACAAUCGGGAGGUGCCGGUCAAUACGCUAGAGUGAGUGGCAUUUUGGAGCCGUUGCCGCCACAUCAGAAUACAUUACUAGAGUUCGUCGACGAAACAAUAGGUACAAACGUGCCCAAGCAAUUCGUGCCCGGCAUUGAGAAGGGUUUCCUCGACACUUGCCAGAAGGGAUAUCUCUCGGGACACAAGGUGUCCGGUGUGAAGUUCCGAUUGCAAGAUGGCGCCCAUCAUAUCGUGGAUUCCAGUGAAUUGGCUUUCUUCUUGGCGGCUAAGGGGGCUGUUAAGGAAGUAUUCGACGACGGCGCGUGGCAAAUCCUCGAACCUAUAAUGUUCGUCGAAGUGACUACACCAGACGAAUUUCACGGCACAGUGAUAGGGCAGUUGAACAAGCGCGGCGGUAUCAUCACGGGCACGGAGGGCGCGGAGGGAUGGACCACUAUAUACGCGGAGGUGCCGCUCAACAACAUGUUCGGGUAUGCGGGGGAGUUGAGAUCACAAACACAAGGCAAAGGCGAGUUCAGUAUGGAGUACAGUCGCUACUCGCCGUGCUUGCCCGAUGUACAAGAACAACUCAUACGGAAACAUCAAGAGGAAAUGGGCAUUUUACCCGACCUAAAGAAAAAGAAGAAUUAAUGCCGCCUAGACCAAUUUAGGAUAAUUUAUUUAAUGUUAUUGUAUUAAUGUUAUUGUGUAAUAUACAGUUUUAAGAUU